AAGUGCUGCAGCAAGAUGUGCGCAUAUCAAAAACCGGAUAGACAGGGGGUCACUUGACAAGGAGGGCGACAAGCAGGUAAGUAACCGGGUACGAAGGCAAAUGUCCUCAUGUUGCAUCAUUAUUCCAAGAGGCGAACGACCCUCGAGCCUCCCUGUCUUGCGAUUCUCUUUCCGGGGAUUCUCCUGCAUAACGGUUUCACAGCCUAAAAGUACGAAUAUCCCGACUUCUUCCUACAUCUUGAAACUACAAAAAAUGGCCUCGCCGUCCCAUGCAAAGCCCCAGGCAGGCCCCGAACAUCGCCGGAAAUCAAACCGGAACAAUACGACACAACUCUCGAGAGAGGACAUCCACGCACUAUUCGUCGGAGCACCCUAUUUCCUCCUCGACGAAGGCUCGUUCGGUCUGUGGCAACCGCAGGUUAUCUUUCCCUGGUGUGAUCACGAUCUCUUAAUCCAGAAUUUCUGGGACCGAAGACCGCUUUUGCAUUCCUCCUUCAGUCUAUCUACACUACAUGCUCAUCUGCCGGUACCCGAUGGCUAUGUGGUUAAAGGCGACACCCCGGCUCCUUUACAAGGGUUACAACAUACGGGCGGACCCAGGCGGCCGACCUUCGACAUAAGCGUAUACGAGGUACCCAAUAUGCUGUGCUCAACCGCAAAAGAGCCCGGGUCGUUUGGGUUUCGCCAUUUCCUGGAGCUCCCCGUCGCAGAUCAGGUUCGGUAUACAGGCCCGGAGAUUCCCAGGCCACGUCCUGGACUGCGGAGACUCUCCAUGACAACCUCAACCAUCGAGGCCUUUGACUCGAUGGGGCAUCAUUCCAACGAUCCGUAUGCGCAGUGUCUGGAUGGGACGGUACACGACCGCAAAGCGAUGCUUCUCGACGGACCGUCAGCAUGGAAGCGCAUCGGCGUGCGAGACCCGAGCAUGGAGAAACUGAUCGAACGUCUCGAGACGCUGCGGGAAAUUCGCCACGAUAUGUUACAUGCGGAGGUGGAUAAGACGAUAUUGGAUAUGGAGACUUUGGAGGUCUUGUAUCGAGACUUGUACUCGAGGUUCCUGCUUCCUCCGCGCCGGUCGAUGGUAGAAGAGGACGAUCCGCAUAGUCUCAAGUCGCAGAUUCGAAUGCUUACCACUGCUCUGGCGGCGCCUGGGGCGUGGAUUAACUUUAGUCUGGAGGAGUGGCGACUCCAUGCCGGUCAGAUUCUCUGGGAGAUGCCGCCCCAUCGGGAGGGAGAUUGUCUCGAUUCGGAGGAAUGCGAAGACGCACAAAAGCGGCCAUGGGUUAAUCCUGGUCUCGAACGAAAGUGGCUUCUCAUCCAGAUGCUCUUGGCCAGCGAAUUACUUCUUCGACUGGAUGCUGUUUCGCGCGCAGGGACCUUGAGGGAUCCGGACGAGAACAUCACUGCGAUUGAUAUCCACGAGUUUGACAAGCUUCGCGAUGGAAAGGUAAACUGGGACUUGAUUGUUGUGCGACGAUUUCUCGACAGUUUGGGGAUCAGUCGUUGCGAUAACCAGACCUCAACUCACAGCGAAGAAGGUCUGCAUGGAAGACGUCGAUCUCUAAGAGAUGCUUUCACCAUUCAUCGUCGGUCAUCGGUAAAGAGUGCUUCGGAAGCCGAGUCGGCCUGGGAAUGCAAAUUGACGCCGUUCCAUAUCGAGCAGCAGCUACACGGGCUGUUCGUGUUUGCAGAAAAUAUCGGCUGGCCUCGACUAGAUGCCUUGAAGCAGCUUCCCUCCAAGAUCAACGAAGACGUAUACAACCGUCCAGUAUGCAGCGCAGCAACAUCCACACUUGGAAAGGAUGAGAUGUACAGCCGGAAUCCUUCUCGUCGCCAGAUCCUUCUUCAUAACAUCGACAGCCAGGACACCAACGAUCCGAAAGACAACAUCGGCUGGAUAACCCGCAGCUGGCUCUCAGGCUUCGUACCGCCCGGGGAAAGCAUCAGUCACCUUCUUCUCGCCACAGUUCUGGAGAACGAUCCAGAGGCAUUAUCCACGCUGGGUCCCGUGGCCAAUCUUUAUGGCGGAUUCUCGUAUCACGGACGAAGCUGGUGGAGCAAGCAGUGUAUCGUCGGGCGCGUGCUGGCCAGUCUACCAGAGACCAAAGAGUGCAUGGGCUGGAUCAGAAGCGAUGUCCUGCCUGUUGACCGGUCGACGUCGCAGCCAUUAGACGGGGGAUGGUUCGAGGCGAGAAUCAAGGAACUACCACCGACGAACAAGAAGCCGCGAAUCCAGCAGGGGAAUAAGAUAUCGCAUUUCUCGACGCCGCUGGGCGAUGGCGAUGUUUCGCGAGAGGCAUUUUCGUUGCCGGUUGACCAUCCGCGAGAAGAGCUGGUAUCUUUUGACCUAGACAUGCUGUUCUUCGUUAGCGAAUCCGAAUCCGGGCCAAAUGACGCAGGCGUAGGCACGCCAACCAUCUCGUUUAACGUGCAAUCCAACUCACCCGACUGCCAAUCGACAAAAGAAUCAGUCCCCCUGACAAACAACGUCUACUUUAUCACAUCCUACAACUGCCGCCCCCCAGCUGGAAAGGCCUCUAACAGCGACAACGAUCACGAACCCUCACACCUCCCCGGCCACCCCCUCCACGCCUCCUCCGAAUACCUCCUCGUCCCCACCAGCGCCCUCAUCGGCGCUACCUCGCUACACAAAGUCGUGCCCGGCGGCGAAAUCCUCGUAAUAGACGCACGGGGAAGCGCGACACAGGAAACGUUCGCACGCGCCUGGUGCGCGUUGACAGGGAGCAAUGCGGUAAUUGGUCGUGUGGGAAGAACGUGCCUGGCUUGUUGUAUUCGGGAGACGAGGGCGGUGGAUGUGAGUGUUGUUAUUCGCGUGAGUGAUGGGGUUUGGAAUCGGGCGGGAAGUUUGUAUCCAGUGAAUAGUUUGGCUAGUAAUUGACUAUGUACAUAACUAGUGUAUGAGUAUGACCAUGGUGAACUACGAAGCACAACUACUAGCAUCACGGUGUACUAUGAGGAUCGGCCGUCAACCACGGUCAC